CUGCGUGCGUCGCCCAUGCGCGGCAGGGAGGAGCCCGGAGCGGCCGCUUCCUCUGUGGGCGGCGCGGCACCAGUCGACUUCCUGGGCAGGCGAGGCGGCCAUGGGUCAGGCCCCCAGGUUGUAGCUCUGUUGUCGCUGCUUCUGCUGGAGAAGAUGCCGUCCAGGACGAAUUUGGCUGCUUCCAUCCCCAGCAGCAAAGUGAAGUAUUCGAAGCUCGCUUGCACAGAUGAAGGCUACAUCGACCUGCAGUUCAAGAAAAGCCCCCCAAAGGUGCCUUACAAGGCCAUCGCGCUGGCCACAGUGCUGUUCUUGAUUGGGACCCUCCUCAUCAUCAUUGGCGCCCUCCUCCUCGCGGGAUACAUUAGCCAGGGGGGAACCGAUCGCGCUGUUCCCGUCUUGAUCAUCGGCAUCCUGGUUUUCCUCCCCGGCUUCUACCACUUGCGCAUCGCCUACUUCGCUUCCAAGGGCUACCGGGGCUUCUCCUAUGACGACAUCCCAGAUUUCGACGAUUAGGAAGAAUGAAGAGCACGGAGCUUUGGGCGGCCCACAUCUGGGCCUGGCUCCAGAUAAGAGGUGCAAAAAAUGAGCUCCGUGAAGUACGGCUCUCUUUGGACAACCCACCUUGCAGCUGUUAAUACUCAUUCAGGAUUUUCUUUGGUAGGACUUUCGAUUCUUGUUUUCCUCUCUGGCCCCUCUGAGAAAAUUAGCUGUGUCACGCGGAGGAGGCCUCGCAUGAGACAUCUUCUGGUUUGAGGUGGGAAGUUCUUGACAGCUGGGUUCCCACCAAGCCACAGGAGGAAAAGAAACUCAGGGGUUUGAUAGGCACUUCUACUUUUUUUUAAUUAUUAUUAUCAUUAUUUCACUUCUCCCUCUAGAGCAGAACCUCUGUGAAGCUGACAUCUGGAUGCAGGGAUGAAAGGCAGAGCACUAAUUAAAUUUGUUUAGGCCAGCAGUCAGCAACAAAGACGCUGACCUCUUGUUGAAUUGUGACACCCAAUGCAAGCACAGCCUUGAAUGCUUCUCUGAGCUCCUUUUGCAGGGGAAUUAAGAAGGCUUGUGGCUUGGCCCGUCGUAGAGAUGAGGCAGAAUAAUUUUAGCGUUCGAAACAUGUUGCGUUCCCCCCCCCCCCCCAAAGAAAUCCAUAUUUCCCCUUGGGCAGCAUGCAGCGGAUUUGAGACAGAAGGGGCUUCAUGUUUCCUCCUUGGCAGAGAGUGGGCCCUCUCACACUGACAGAUUUUGGUUAGGUCAGGAAAAGCGUGUCGCUAGUCCUCUUGAAGCAAGCAGUGGGGGAUUUUCUCCAAUCCCAGCUUGAUCUCUUCAGGAUCUCGGCAAAGAAGAGAUUUUGUGAUCAGAUUCUGCUCUCCCAUGUCUUGAGAUGUUCAACCCAGGUCUGCGGAUCAGGGAUCCCUUCCUAGAAUCCCCAGAUCCCAUUCCAGGGCUGAUAGAAUUGGCUCCUGGGAGGGUAAGCCAAAAGGUAAGGUGGCAUCCUCAGACGGAGUUGAGAUGGGGCCAGACAAGACAACUCUGUCAGAAAAUAAUGUAGAGCACAUUCCACAGACAUCAAAAUGAAAUGAUAUUGUAAAAAUAAGGCAAAGGCAGAAAAUCAAAUACUUGGUUAAAAAGUGUCCCGUUCUCCACAAACGAAUACUCAGACACGCCUGUUUCAAACGUCUGUGUGAAUCAAGUGGACAACUGUGGCCUCUUUAAGACCUGUGAACGUCCACUCCCAGGAAUUCUGGGAGCUGAAGUCCCUCCACAAAUCCUAAACCAGAAGUCUCCAACCUUGGGCCACUUGAAGCCUGGAGGACUUCAACUUCCAGAAUUCCUGGGAGUUGAAGUCCUCCAGGCUUCAAGUGGACAAGGUUGGAGACCUCUGUCCUAAAGGAACCAUAAUUUCCCACCCUAUUAUGACAUAUGGACUCAGCCGGCUCAGGAAUUCUGGGAGUUGAGUCCACAGGUACUAAAGGGUCUAUAGUUGCCUAUCAAUAGAGGGAGGAAGAUUAGGUGACCCCAGAAAAGCUGGACAGCUUGGAAAAGUGCAAAUACAUGCACGCACAAGCAUGCAACCUGGAGACCUCAAAAGUGACGACAAAACCCGUGUGAAGCCAGCCCAAGUGUCCAUGCCGGCAGCACCCAAAAACGAAGCCGCACUUAUUUUUGUAUUUGUUCAUGUUGAAAGUAACCACGAUUUCUUGAAGGGUUUUUUUUGGGGAGAGGCUGCCUGGACCAAUUGUCUUGCGCUGUGCAGAGAUCCUGGAACUUCCUUUUGCUGCCGAUGAGUUAUCGGCGUUUCUGUUUCUCUCUGGAUCCUCCCACAGGAUUUGCAGCCUGUGGAAUGCAAGAGAAAGCUUAAAUCUGUGUUGGAAAAAGCUUAAAUCUGCAGAUGCCAGUUGCCUACUUAAUAAAGAACUUGUGAUGUUCA